AUGAGGAGAAGAGAUCUAUUAUUUGAAGAAGGUGAUUGGGUAUACCUCAAAGUUUCUCCAAUGAAAGGCGUUAAGUGUUUUGGUAAGAAAGAGAAACUUAGCUCGAGGUAUGUUGGUCCUUUUGAAAUUCUGGAGAAGGUUGGACCUAUUGCUUACCAUAUUGCUUUGCCAGAAUAUUUUGGAGAGAUUCAUGAUGUUUUCCACGUGUUGUCAUUGAAGAAGAGCUUUGGACAGCAAGAGCCACGUUUUGUUGAUCCAGGAAACAUUCAACUCCAGUCUGAUCUCACGUAUGAAGUUGUGCCAACUCAGAUCUUGGACAGAAAGGACCAACAAUUGAGAUCCAAGAUGAGACCUUUAGUUAUGGAAUCUUGGGGAGAUCCUUUGGCUCAAGAUUAUUCAUGGGAGAGAGAGACAAACAUGAGAAAGUUCUACCCUUACUUGUUUGGGUAG